AUGUCGUGUGUCCACUACAAGUUCUCCUCCAGGCUGAACUCCGAUGUGGUCACCUUUCACGGCCCCCACAUCUCCCUGCGCAACCUCAGGUGCCAGAUCAUGGGCCGCGAGAGGCUGAAGGCGACCCACUGCGACCUGCAGGUCACCAACGCCCAGACCAUGGAAGAACUUGAGUAUGUGUUUAAUUUUUCUGAAUAGAUUGGCGACCCUUCCGCACCUCUUUCUCUGGCCCAGCUUAUUAAGACUGCCAACCUGGCUGAAGCCAAUGCUUCCGAAGAGGAUAAGAUAAAGGCGAUGAUGAUACAGUCCUGCCAUGAAUACGAUCCAUCCAAUUACUUGAGGGAACUCUUGGAUCUGCCUCCACCAUCAUCCAGUUGCUUUUGCUGUGGAAAACCUGGCCACUAUGCCAAGAACUGCCCGGUAAAUAGGGACAAAAAUGUGGAGCCUGUUCGCAGAAUUAAAAGGAGCACCGGAAUUCCAAGGAGUUUCCUGGUGGAGGUGAAGGAUCCCAACACAAAAGGUGCCAUGCUGACAAAGGCUGGGAAAUACGCGAUACCAACUAUUAAUGCGGAAGCUUAUGCUAGAGAGAAAAAGGAAAAGCCACCCUUUUUACCAGAGGAGCCCUCCUCCUCCUCCGCAGACAGGCCUGUUCCAAACGAGUUGUUAUGUCCCAUUUGUAAAGAUCCAGUGACGGAUGCAGCGCUUAUUCCAUGCUGUGGAGCAAGUUAUUGUGACGAAUGUAUUAGAACAGCUUUACUGGAAUCGGAGGAACAUACUUGCCCGGCGUGUCAUCAGACAGGUGUUUCUCCUGACGCUUUAGUUGCCAACAACUUCCUGCGCCAGGCUGUGAACAACUUCCACAAUGGAACCGGCUACACAACAGGGCUCCAUAAGGAGAUUCAGCAGCAGCAGCAGCGACAGCCGCCGUCACCGCCUGCACGACCACUUGUGACUGUGACACCUGCUGCUCAGGCUGAACUCCGAUGUGUCACCUUUCACGGCCCCCACAUCUCCCUGCGCGACCUCAGGCGCCAGAUCAUGGGCCGCGAGAGGCUGAAGGCGACCCACUGCGACCUGCAGGUCACCAACGCCCAGACCAUGGAAG